CCGAUCAACACCAUGAAGGCGGUUAUCAUUCUCUUCGUUGUUGCGGUAGCGACGGCGAACCGCGAUGCCAGGAUUCGUAACUACCAAUACGGCAUUGAGGAAGACGGAUCUUACGAAGCCAAAUUCGAGACCACCAACGGGAUCUCUUCUAACGAGGACGGCAUCUCGUACCCGGGCAGCGAGCCGGGGACGGGCAACUACGUGAGGACUGGCUCCUAUUCAUACGAGUGGGAGGGCGUCACCUACACCGUCACGUGGAUGGCCGACGAGAACGGCUUCCACCCGGAGGGCGACCACCUGCCCGAUUUCAGCCACACCCGCGAGCACAUCCGUCGAGUGUAAUCAACCAUUCACAGGGCGCACUAAUUUCUCACUACUUCCGGUGACUUCAUGUCCAAACGGGUUGGUUGAACCAACUGUGUUUGUAUUUGUCAUGAUCAGUAUGUUUACGUCUAGUCUUAGUUUACGUCCACGUCCUAAACAACUACGUACUCUACCAAGUGUGUGGUUGCAUAAACAUCCGAUCGUAACAGCACGGAUAAUGUCCACCGUCCCUGUCCGUUGUCACUGUCCCACGACUUGCGAGUCGAAUGUGUUCUCGUUUUGUUCUGUACAUCCUGUAAGCUGAUGAUGUUCACCAGCGCUUUUGGAAUAAACUGUUUA